AUGAGAGACGUUCUGGUCCUAGCUCUGACCAUCAUCAUCAGCUUCAUCAUCGACUCAUGCCAAGCGGCUGAGCGUUGCUAUGGAGAUCUGGGCUGUUUCUCCACUCUGCUGGGUCUCCCCGCUCUACCACAGAGUCCCGAUCACAUCCGAACCAAUUAUCUUCUGUUCACGAGAGCGUCCAAGACGCAUCCGACGCACGUGGUGGCGCGAGACGAAAGCACGUGGCACAGUUCGCUAAGUCAAGGUCAUUUUUCUAAAAACAAGGGCACCAAGUUCAUAAUCCACGGGUUUAUCGACAACGGCAAUAAACAAUGGUUGAAGACAAUGAAGGACGAGCUACUUAAAAAGGGCGACUUCAAUGUCUUCAUAGUGGACUGGGGUCAUGGCUCGAAAUUCCCCUACUCCCAGGCGACGGCGAACACGUUCCUGGUGGCGGCCGGGCUGAGCAGGUUCCUGCGCCACCUACACGACCACGAGGGACUCAGUCUGGCCAGAGUCCACCUGAUCGGCCACAGUCUCGGUGCCCACAUCGCUGGAAACUGUGGCGCCAAAACUCAUGGGCUGGGACGCAUUUCUGGUCUGGACCCGGCCGAGCCGAAUUUCAUCGUCUGGGGCUCGGACAAGCGUCUCGACAAAAGUGACGCCACAUUUGUUGAUGUCAUUCACUCUGACGGGGAACCCUUUCUCGGGUUGAAAGGGUACGGUUUGAUAACACCUCUUGGCGAUGUCGACUUCUACCCUAAUGGCGGAGUGGACCAGCCUGGAUGUACCGACACCAUUGGUGGGGUUCUCAUUGGAAUUCUUGAACCAGGAAAGGGUCGAUCGAUCUCCUGUAGUCACGGGAGGUCGCACGAUCUCUUCACGGAGUCGAUAAACUCCCGCUGCUCGUUCAAGGCACACCGCUGUUCAAACUGGGCCAGUUACGAGGCGGGCACUUGUCACGGGUGUCCAGGGGGGUGUCCACACAUGGGCUACGACGCGGCCCUGUCCGGGGCCAGGGGAUCGUACUAUCUGAGCACGACGCAAGAAUCACCGUUUUGUGGUCACGAGUAUUUCGUAGAAAUAGAUUUAUCUGCCCGUGAAGAAUUGACGACCGGCCGCAUAUACGUCACGUUACUUGGGUCAUCUGGCCACAGCCACACGUUGGAAUUUUCAAGGGAUACCCGACAGUAUCAUGCACAGGACCAUGAAAAGCACGUGAUCGCUGUUCACCACCAUAUCGGCAGCGUGUCAAGUGUCAAGGUCAUGUACAAAAGGAAGUUCGGCAUCUUCUCUCCUGGGAAAGCCAAUGAGAUUGUAGUUGAGCGGGUUUACGUUCAGGAUAUCUACUCGUCUCACAAAAUCAAGUUUUGCGGUCACAAUGCUCAUGUGAGUGAUAAACAAGUUAUUACUCUGACGUCACACACUGGCUGCUAAGAUAACCGGUGUGACAUGCGCAUGGUCAGCUAUUCUGUUAUUUCGGAGACGGUCUUAUAGUGUUAAAACGGGUAUACGGGCUGGAGAUGGCAAGAAACAUUUGUUUUUGUUCUUGUGGGUUUUUUUUAAAAUUUUACCUCAAAUUCCUUUUCUGGAACAUUGUCAGAAAAGCACACAAUACAAAAUGUUGCCAUGUCAUGUAACUAAUGUAAUACAAUUUGAACUAAUCAAUAUUCAUGGUCAAACUAUGGUGUUGCCAAAAUGCAUGCAGUGUAUUCUAAUAUACACUUAUUAUUCAGGUAUAUAUAAAUAUAUAAUAUACACAUGUCAGGUUUUUGGCUUUGAAUAAACCUAGAAACGUG